AUGGUCAAUCAGUGUUACGAGUUCUUCCGGUUCUCCCACUACGUCGCCGCGCUGGUCUUCAUCAUAUUCCUGUUCUUCCACUGCGACUUCCGCCUCUCCUCCUGGAACUACUUUAUCGCCACGGCGGCUGUCUCGCGCCAAACCCUGGAAAUAACGAUCUCGACCUCGCGCGUGCACUGGCGCACCGGCCAGCACCUCUUCUUGCGCUUCCUCACGCCGGACGCCCACAUGUUCACUACGCAUCUCUUCACGAUCGCGUCUCUGCCCAGUGCGCUCGACCCGGAGCAGUCGGAGCUCGUCUUCUACGCGCUGGUUCCCCAGGGCACCACCAGGCACCUGCUCGCCCGGGCGACCUCUCACGAUGCCAGCCAGGCGGUUGCCUCUACCCAGGCACGGAUCCUCGCGGCGGGACUGCCGGGACGCGAGAUUUGGUUGCACCAGGAGGGGUUCAGACAUUGA